GGUAGGUGGGAACAGAGAGAGAGAGAGAUACAAGCUCGGCUGCAGCAGUCGCCGUCGUGCUAGUGGAGGUGAAGCGGGCGCAGGGAGCAGGGAGCCCGUCAACAGCAGCGCGGACAGCCGCUCACUUCCGCUGCCCAUCCGGCGCACAGAUUCCUCCAGGACUUGGAUUUGGAUUGACGAGCAGCUUAAGAGCUUUGGAUGUGACUUGUACUAACGAAAGCCUGGGAUCAAGCGCUCUGCUGGUAUUGUAAGAACCCCCAUGGGCCAUUUCACACACUGACGCACUGGAGAAGCUGAAACUGAAUGAGGUUUCUGCUGCAGUCUUGGAGGCUUGCUUUCAGAGAGAAAUGAUUCCGCAUGAAUCGUGGCAAGUGCUCUCUCACAGCAGGCAUGUGUUCUGUUGCUUUCAGUUGAGAUCAGUGUCCAUUCAGCCUUAAGCACAGGAAAAAGCUCCCAUCACCUCUGGUCUUCUCUCCACCCCCACUACCCUCACAGCAACAGCCUACCAGCAGGUGGCACAAGCAGAGAAUACGAGAGAGGUGUAGAGGGAAAGAGUGUUGAAGAAAGAUUAAAAAGACCUUAAAAAGAGGUACAGCAAAAACAUUCAUUAUGAAGUCCAACCAAGAACGAAGCAAUGAGUGUUUGCCCCCAAAGAAACGUGAAAUCCCAGCAAGUACCCUUCCCUCAGAGGAUAGGCCCAUGGUGAUGGCUCCUGCCAGUGAGAGCCAGCGUGGAGGGAACCUUGCUUGGCUGGCCAGCAUGGCCAGUGGGCAUGAGAGAAACAAGCAGCAUACCAGCAGCACAUCAGAAGCCGAAGGCCCUCAGUCCAAAACAACAGCGUCCAGUAAUGAGUCCAUUCGUGCUCAAACUGCAACUACCAUCCCCUCUGUGUAUACUUCACCACUUUCUCAACAGGUGGGCACCAUCCAGUACUCCCCCAUGCCCCCCAACCUGCACUUUAUCAGACCAUCACAUGCAGCACCUUAUGCUAGCUGCAUUUCUCCCUUUGUGCCCCCCGCAGCCACCACCACCUACACAUCCACCCAGCGACACUCUGAAGCCUACUCUGGCACUACCAAUUGUCCAGCAUCCAAACCCGAUACAGUGAUUUCCACUUCAGACAGCAUACCUCAACCCCAUUCCACCCAGUAUGUUCAAAUUUCCAGCUCCCAACUCAGUGUAGUGCCUUGUACUGCAUCCUCAUCCCAUAGCCAUCUUCCCCUUCACCUACAACAGACACUUGCUCUUAGUGGGCCCCCUCAUCUCCUGCUUAAGUUCUCAGAUGGACCCUUGCCCAAAAAAGAAGAUGGCAGACAUAGAGAUAUGCUAAACGGUGAGCCAGAAAGGGGCCGUCGCUUCAACCAGCCCUCAGAGUCCAAGGUCAGCAGCAUAGCCAAAGGGUCUUUAUCCACCCAGCAUCACCAUAUCCACCAGCGAGACCACUAUGAGACCCGGCACAUGACAAUUCCACCAGAGUAUGCACAGGAAAGCACCAGUUUGAGGAACUCGUUAGUUCUAGUUCCCAACAAUCACAACUCCAACAUUGGUGAUCCAGGGGGAAAUCUAGACAAGCUUCCUCCCCCUCUGUCUCUGGCUGAGAAAGGAGGCAUCUGCGCAGGCAAGCCAGUUUCCCGCACUCCUUCCAGCACCUCUGUUCCCUUUCCACCUCCCCCAUUACCCGUGGAUGGUCUAAAGGCAGCAGUUACCACACUACCCCCCCAUGCAGUUAUCCAUACCACACAUAGUGCAACCGAUUCUUUUGGCAUCACAUCCACCAACUUCUAUUCUGCUCAUCAACCCAUUAUCGGGUACAUUGCAGGUACAGGGCAGCCACAGCCGCUCAGUUACCCCACCAGCCUGCCUCCACACCUGCUCAUCCCAGGAACUCAGCCUGUUAUUAUCCCUGUAAGUGGAGCAGAAGCUACUGCCACAACUACAGCACCAACUUUUGCUGCAGCACUGCCCCAUGCAUUUGUGACCUCAACAGCCCCCAAAGGCGAGUCCUUUGAGACACCAGCUUCCUACCCCCACCCGACAGGUGCUGUGGUUCAGGCCCAACUGCACCUGCCUAUUCUGCCAGCCUCUGCUAGUCUGCCAGCUGCUCCACCUAUACCUUCCACACCCUCUUUACCACCCUACUUUACCAAGGGUUCCAUCAUUCAACUAGCUGAUGGUGAGCUGAAGCGUGUGGAGGACUUAAAGACAGAAGACUUCAUUCAGAGUGCAGAAAUCAGUAGCGAAUUGAAGAUUGACUCCAGUACUGUGGAGCGCAUUGACAGCAGCCAUACACCUAACUCUGCCAUUAUCCAGUUUGCAGUGGGAGAGCAUCGUUCACAGGUGAAUGUGGAGGUGCUGGUAGAGUACCCUUUCUUUGUGUUUGGUCAGGGCUGGUCAUCAUGCUGUCCAGACCGGACCACUCAGCUGCUGGAACUGCCUUGCGCCAGGCUAGCUGUAGGUGAUGUCUGCAUUUCCCUCACUCUCAAAAACUUGAAAAAUGGCUCUUUGAAAAAGGGUCAGGGGCAGAUUUCAGAUUCUACCAGUCUUGGGCCACCACUUAAACCACCUUUUAAAGCACCCUCAGGAGGGACACGCAGGGCAGCACGGCACAUGGAGCAGGAGAAUGGACUAGCACAGUUUGGCAAGGAACGAGGAUUAAGCUCCCAGACAAGCAAGGAAAACGGAGAACUUGGUUUUGGGGAGAAAGGAGCCUGUAGAAUUCCUCUAUCUGCAGAGAUGGAGUCUAUCAGUAAACCUACAGGCCGCAAGCGGAGAUGGUCGGCCCCAGAAGGUCGCAAAGUCGAGAAACCUGAAGAGGAACCACCCUCAACUCUUCCCAGGCCAUCAUUUAUCCCUCAGGAGGUUAAAAUCAGCAUUGAAGGCAGAUCGAAUAUUGGCAAAUGAAAGCCAUUUUGGACUCAUUUGUCAUUUUUGAAUUGAAUGGAAAAAUGACCCUCACAAUGUUCUUUUUUUUUUUCCAGAAUAUUGCUUUUUAUAUAAUUUCAAAAUUGAUAUCUCUAAAUUUUUCUAUCCAGAUUACUGUACUGUAGGCUAAAUUAACUCAGCAUCUGCGUAUCACCUUAUGAGUAGUGAGAAUAAUUGAAUAGGUGCAUUGAAUACAUACAAGCAUCUUGGUCGCAUAAAUUUGGGACAGUGAUAUUAAAGGUGGGUUUAUGAUAUACUCAGCCUGACAUCUUUAGGUCCUGUUCUAACAUAUAAGACAAUUUAAAGUCACCAGAAAACUUUACAUAAUAAAUUUAAUAUUCUAAAAAAAAAAUAUUUCAGUGUAUUAAAAAACAGGGAUACAGCUGAGGUGAGAGCCUAAUUUGAUUGUAUCAUAAAAUAUAAGAGCCAAUCAUGUUCUAAUAUGCAAAUGAAGCCCAUGCAACACUGUUUAGCAGGGAAAGUGGAUGGAAAUGUGUAUAGCUGAGGUAUUUCCAAAUUGAAUAUUUGUAGAAUCUGGUUACUUUGAUGAGAGUUCUUCAAUGCAAGUUUUGGGUGACUUUAAAUGAUGCCUACUGAAACAACACUAGAUGCUUGUGGUGCAUUUGUCCCAGCUCCAUCCAUGUGUGAGCUUAAAAAAGGAGAUCGACAUGGAUGACAUUGCUCAGGGAGGCAGGACGGAAAGCACUCCUUCACUGGCUGCAGGAGUUUAAGUAAUAUAUCAGCCAUCCUGCUCCAGCAGUCUCAUCUGAUGUUAAGACAUAGACGACAGACAAUCUAAAGUCCAUCACAAAUAAAACUGAGGGUUUAAGACCUGGGGGUUCACCAUAGAUUGUGGUACCUUUUCUGUGGAAAAGAAGAGCAACCGAAUGCUAAGGUGCCUGCCGACUGAGAUCGAGAGAGAUCAAGUAAUGACAUCAUGCAGUGCCAGUUGCUCCUAGAAAAGUUAAAACUAUACUAAUAGACCUGGAGAUAGUAGAGUUUGUUUUUAUAUAUUUACCUGUUGAACCAUUUUUAUUUGUCCCAGCUUUGUUUUGUUUUGUAGUUUUUUCUUAUUUUUUUCUCUUUUUCUCUCUCUCUCUUUUAUUAUUUGCAAUGAAUGUGUAAACAUUGCAAUCAGGGGUCACUUUCAGUCAGGUAGACACCAAAUGGGUUUUUGUUUAUGUAUAGAUUUGAGGAUGGUUGACUUUUGAGCUAUAUGUGAUUAUGACAUUUGAUUACCUUUUUUUUUUAAACAAGAGCUUAUUAUUUGAGAGGAAGUGAAAGAAAGUUGUCUGAGAAGGGAGGGACAGGUGAUCAAAGCACUUAACACACCUGUCAAACGCAUCAGCUGAUAGAUAGUUUAAUCAAUUUAGUUAUUAUUAUUAUUAUUAUUAUUAUUAUUAUUAUUAUUAUUAAUAUUAUUAUUAUUAUUAUUAUUACUAUUAUUAUUAUUAAGUCUCAAAAUGAACACAGUACUGUACGGUAUGUUGUAUGUGAGUGACGGUGGAAUGUAGCGCUCUGCAGGAAAGUCAGAUCACUCAGAACCGGGGUCCUUGAUCUCUAAUAAAGAGUGAUUAAAUGUGAGAGGUGACAUGAACAGUAAGCAGAGCUACAGGAGAUAGCAUUUGUUCCCAGGAAGCACUUUUCUGUUUGGGUCUGUAAAGCUCUGCCUCCUCAGUAAACGGCGAGCUGAAGGCCUAGGCAGCGAAAGCCGCUCUUUAAAUUGUAGCGUAGGCAGAGCUGGUGCAACACCUGCCAUUUUAGUGAUUAAAAGCGAGAUGCUUGAGUGUGAUUUCAGAAGUCAUGAGAUUGUCCAAAUGAUGCCAUGAGGAGAGAGAAAGCGCAUGUGAAUGACUCUGGAUGCAGAAAUCUUCGUUUUGGUUCAAGGGUGUCCUAUACAUAUGUUUGUGGAAGUGCAUGCAUGUAUGUAUUUGUAUGCAUAAGUAUGCACACACACACAAACACAUACACUUCUUACUUAUAUUAAUAUGUUAUAUGUCUUUUUUUUGUACAUUAACAUGUCUAGAAAUGCAUAUACUGUAUCUUGCCUUAGUGCAUACAGAUAGUGUGUGUGUGGGUAUGUGUGUGUACUGUGUAUGUGUGAGUGUCUGUGUCAUAUGUUUGUGUGAGUAUGUGUGUGUGUGUGUAUAUAUAUAUGUAUGUAUAGACACACACAGACAUUACAUAUAUAUAUUUAGAUAUUCGACCAGUGUUUCUGUUUAAAGUUCAACUUAAAGAGAAUCUUGCAGUUUGCACAUCUGGAGAGGUAGUAACACGACCUUUAUGAUUUAGUUUUCAGCCAUUGCUCAUCUGCAAGGGCUGAAAGCUCGAUCUACUGAAAUGUAGCAGUUACUUGACAAGUUUGCUCGGCUUACUGGUCCCCUGUGGCUUUCCUUCUUUCCUCCACUUAUUUAACCCACAGGAACCCUUUUCAGACCCUUAAGAUGAUAUACUGACGCUCUUUAACAUGCAUACAGUGAGAGGAAGAAGGAGCUACAGCCUGACGCCUGCACACUUGUUGAACUCUCUUAUUGUUGGCUUUGUUCAGGUGUAUUUGAGAUGGAUGGAUGGAUGGAUGGAUGGAUGGAUGGGUGAAUAGUAAAAGGAAUGGAUGUGUGAUCUGAUGGCUUGUUGGAUGGUGGUGGGUGGGUGAACACACCCUAUAUAUAAAAAUGCUUUAUUUUUUAUAAUAAAACAGGGUUUCUCAGAUCAACAUCACAACCGUGCAUUUUUUUAUUAUUAUUAUUAUUAUUAUUAUUAUUAUUAUUAUUAUUUAAAUUUUAAAACCCCCUUUGAAGAGUGUGUAUGUGUGACGUGUGUCUGUGGUUUCACGUGUCUAUGUAAACGCAGGGUGUUUUAAGACCGGAAAUGAAACGGCUUUACAUAACCAGAUGUCACUUUAUGGCUUUAUGUUUGGGCCAAAAUACAGAGUUGCUUUUUUCCGUUGUCUUCAUUUCCUUCAGCGAUUUUUUUGUGUUUAGGCAUUGCCUGCGUUUAACCUCGAUUGUUUCAGCACUUUAGCGUGCUCUGUUUAGCAGCAUCUCUCUUUCUGGUUACAUGGUUUUGCUACAGGUAUACAUCACAAGCAUUCCAAAUAAUGACAUAUAGCAAUAACGUGAGUCUGCAGUAUUCAAACCAAAUAGAAAAUCUAACAUUUACCACAGGAACUCAGUCAGUCAGCUAUUUAGCCUAAUAGUCUGGCUUUGAGUUGUCAUGAAUUGCACAGCCAGCCCGCAGUAUCUUCUUCAGGGAGAAAUGGAAACAUAUAUGCAGUGAUAUAUGUGUCUUUCAAACCCAGCUCAAUCAUUUUUGUGCUAGUGACCUCCAGAGCAUGUUCAGGUACCCAUGCAAAGCCAGUACACCUCGCACCAGUUUACCGCCAGCUACCUUGGCUUUUAUGUACAGCUGCCUGCUCUCUAUCUCUCUCUCUCUCUCUCUAUCUCUCUCUCUCUCUCUCACACACACACACACACACACACACACAAUCUCUCACAUUCAUCUAGAGCCAUAGAACCCCAUCAGUAUUUGUUUCUCUUAGCCUUUGUCUGGGUGUAAUAUUUAUAUCUGGGUGCGUUUUAAGAGCGAACAUGUUUGUUUUUACAAUAACGUAUACUUUAUAAACGACCUCUCCUACUUUUCCCUCACCGCUUCUUAUUUCAUUGGCUGAGAAGGUUGCUGUCACCAGCAGAGCAGAGAAGAUCAUAGUAAUGGAAACUUUAUGCAUGUGUUCUUUGUUUGUGAGGGUUGUGUUGUGAUUGUGCAGUGAUGUUAGACACACCUUGGAAUCCUGGGCCCACAUUUGCAGCAUAAUUGUGCAGAAAUGCUGUUUUAGUCAUUUUGAUCCUUUUACUGGGCUUUGUGUGUGUGUGUGUGUGUGUGUGUGUGUGUGUGUGCACUUACAGUAUGCAGCGCUUAAAAAGGGAAAUAUGUAAAUAAAGCACAUAGGUCAAAAAACAGUUGGGAGUCUCAUGCAUUUGCUCGUUUGUUUAAUUACAGAUCUGAACUGAUGAUUUCGAUCGUCUUUGGAAUCUUUUUCUGACUUUUGGCUCACCUUGUUGUGUUGGAGGAUGCGACACGUCUUGAUAUUUGGAAUGAGCUUGGUUUCAGAGAAACAGAUUUCUUAGCUCUUAUCAGCAAAGGCUGUACAAGUCAAAGUGCAAAAACUACAGACACAUUUCAGCGAGCUCUUUCCCAGCCGACACUGAGUAGGAGUGUCGAUGGAUGUCAGAAUUUUUGUCAGAGUUUCCCUACGCUGAUGCACAACAGACACCCAAAGUUGAUCAUUGUCCUGAUUCAAGCAGCUGGACUGCAUUAUUGCUGCAGUUCCUAGUUUUUAUUUGUUUAGAUUUUAAUAAAUAAUAGUCUAAGUGUUGACUUCAGGAUUAAAUCCAUUAGAAAACUGACUUCUGGUCCAGAAUGCUUGUUUGGGUUUGGAUGGGCUUCUUGUUUUAUUUAUUAGACACUCUACCUGGCCACUGUAGAUCCAGGGGAUGGAGCUUUGUGAACAGUUGUGGGAAAGAGAGGCUGGUCUCAAGGAAUUUAAUUAAAUAAAUCAUACAAAUGUCUAACCCACCUAAUUAACCUAAUGCACCUUUAAAGCACCAUCAUAUUCAUCCCAAGCAGUUUCCAUACAGCAUUUGUUGUAAGUGCCAAUACUGUCAUUCCUUUAAUUUAUAUAAUAUCAAAAUUGACAGAAACAAAGGUGUAAACAGCACGCCUUAACACCUACCUAUUAUACUUACGAAAAUAAAAAAAAUUUUUUGUUUGCAUGGUUUCUAGUGAUGCCUGAUUGCCAUAUAUGGUGAUCUGGGGGCGUGGCUGUAUUUAAAAUGCACUAACAUGCGCACACACUCUUGGUAUAUAUUAAACGUCAUGAUUUGUGGGUAUGAGCUGUGUGUACAUAUUUAAUCCUAAUUAUAGUGCAGACCAGACUUUUUAAGUUUGAUGUGUUAAAAAAAUGUUUAAUGUUGAUAAAUGAGGCUCCAGGAGUGCAACUAAAAUGAAAUAAUUCUCAUUUAAUAUCUAUAAUUUUUUUAUAAUUUCAUAAACGAAUUUUCAAAAGAUUGUAAACGCUUUAAGGGUGUUUUUCCCCGGUUUCUUUGAUAAAUGUGCAGUAUGUAGCAUUUGUGAAGUCUGAUCUUUUUAAAUGUGACUAUAUACAGCCUUGUAGGCAACGUAAUCCCUGCUUAUUAGGAGAUAAUUUACUGAUAGGGAACCUUUUAGUAUUCGACUUGGCCAUGACGAAUCACUGCUGAUUCCUAUACACGAACAAUAAAGAGCUUUUUUCCCCCUUAAUGGCACUUAUAUCCGAUACAUACAAAGAAAUUCCCUUAAUGCAAAUAAAAUAUUCAUGAUCCCAUUUAAACAAGUCUCCCAUAAUCAGUGCAUGAAAAUCAAAAUCAUUUUCUUUAAACAUCAUGCAGUUUAACAUGAUGCAGAAUAGAUGUAGCAUGAAUAGAUGUUACCGUGUACUGUCGCUAAUGGUUUACACUUCAUUAGCACUUGUUAGCUAUGUAACUGUUCCCUGUUGCUGCAGCACAAAUUCUCUUAUUUCUUAUUUCUCAAGUGUGUUUGAGCGUCUUUGGCCAUGGAGUGGCUUUGCAGUUUGUUUUGAUUUAUGCGAUGUGUACGUUUAACAUCAUAAACUUUUCCUCAGGGAUGAGAAGUGUGUCUGAAAGAGUGUGAGUUCAAGCAAACAUAAUAUAAUGCAUAGGUGAAGUGUGUACUGGGUAUAGCGUAGUGUGUGUGUGUGUGUGUGUGUGUGUGUGUGUGUGUGUGUGUGUGUGUGUGUGUGUGUGUGUGUGUGUGUGUGUGUUAAUCUGCUGAAAUACAGGAAGCAGUCAUUUCAUUGGCUCUUUGAGUAGGUUUUCCUCACAGGUCCAUGGCUGUGAGAGGACUUUCUGAGUUUCUGUUUGUGUAUCUGCCUUAGCUGUCUGUAUAGAGACUAUAGAUUAGAUUGUGUGUGUGUGUGUGUGUCUGUGUGUGUGUUUGGAAGUGUUGCUUCUCAUUGUCUGUGGCAUCACAAACCCUGAUCCUCACCUCUUUGAGUGAUCCAGACUGAGAAACGCAUCCAAAACCUCGUUAAAGCAUAGGGACCACUUUUAUA